AUGAGGCGCGACUUGAGCUUUUCCGUCAAUGCUGCCCACCAGAGGCGCUGCUGCCGCUGCAUCGAUUUACUCAUCGAGUGCCAAGAAAUCCAUAAGCGGCGGCAGGAAGUUUUCAUUGUGUGGCAUUUCUGGGCAAAAUACCCACCGCUAAUCACAUCUGGACGACGAGGAGGCACGGCGAGUGACAAAUUAAGGGGUCUGUGCAGAGUUUGGCGGUGGAGUGGUGAUAGUGGCACGCGAAAUCGGGCAUUUAUUGCGAUGGAGGAGAUUAAGUCAAACAUUGAUAAGAUUUUUGACCAGCUCCUGGAGACCAAUCCCUUUCCCAUCCCCAAGAGGUUGAGCUUCGACAGCCUGGGCGAUUCUUUAGAUGAGAAGCGCCCGUCAAAGAGGAAGAUCCCGUCCGGGGACUCAAAUUUGGACAAGAGACGGCGCGAUGAGUCCCCCAACUCGAGUGUGGGGAGCACCAACAACUCCAUUGUGCCACCCAUGAGUCCGUGGGAGAUGAGACUGAUGAAGGCGGAUCUCAUAACGGCGAAUGCAAAUAUAAAUCAGCUGCAGAGUGAGUUGGAGCAGCAGCAGCUGCAGAAGAGGAACAUGGAGAAGGACUUCGCGUCGAAGAUUGACGGGCUGAAAGAUCAGGUGGCGUACUUCAAGAACAAAUCUCACGAGGUGGAGAAGCACCUUGGCGUGGUGCGUAAGCGUGAGUCGAAUGCGAAGCAGGAUCUCGUGAGCGCUCGCAAUGAGAAGAAGGCCGAUCGCUUGCGCUAUGAGGAAACCAUACAUUCCCUCCAGAAGAAGCUCAUGAGUGUUGAAGAUAACUUCAGGAAAGCCAGCAAUGAGUACAACAACGACGUGAGUGAUCUCAAUCGGCAGCUGUCUGAAGUGAUGCACAAUCUCACGAGUGUGGAGGAGGAGAAUUCGCGACUGUUUGAGCUGAAUGAGACGCUCCAGGGAAAGGUGGGCAAGCUGAAGGAAUUGGAGGCGGCACUCGAGGAGGAGAAGCAGAAGAAUCAGUCGGCCAGCAUGAAGAUUAAGGAGUUGGAGUAUGAGAUUUCGGGCUACGGCGAGUGGAAGGAGAUGUCGACUUCUUCGCUCGCGCGGUUAUCGCAGAUGGCGGACUUGGAGAAGGAGGUUGUGCUCCUCAGGACAAAGUCCAAGAAUCUUCGCGAUGCGAUAGGCAACAAACUGUUGCUUGAGGAGCAGGUGAAUGACCUCAAAAGUCGCCUCGAGAGGAGCGAACGGAACAAUCUCGACGCCAUUGCACUGAAAAUCCAAGCGGAGGAUUUGGAGAAGGAAUUGAACACGUGGAAAGCAAUUGCCGUGGAUCACUGUCCACAGAGCAUUCCGGCAACACCACCCAAUCUUCGGCGGCGCAUUGAGGAAAUUCUGCAGAAAGAUGUAAUACUGGUGAAUGAGCGCAACAAGAGUAAAACGGAGAGGAACUCCCUCGAGGCACAGUCACAUGAGGUUCGUGGGCAGAAUGAUGCAUUGCUCAAGGCGAAUCAGGAGCUCAAGGGCUCUCUGGAAAAGUACCAGAAGAACGUGUUGCGUCUACAGAAGAGAAUGCAAUUGCUUGUGAAGGAACGCGAUUGCUAUAAGCAAUUGAUUGAGAAUUAUGAGAAGGAUUUGACAAUAUCGGGACCUUCGGGAGCAAUGACGGCCACACCGGAGAAUCAGCUGCGUCUCCGUGUGGAGAUGCUGGAGAAGACGCUGGCGGGUUACAAAGAGAUGUGCGCUAAUCUAGAGAAAGAUCUGCAAACGGCCAGAGCAUUUCCGGACGCCAAUGUGGGCGUGACGAGCAGUCAUGAGCAUUUGCGACGGGAGCUGAACGAGGCGCGGAUGGAGAAUGAGCGCAUGAGGCGGCGCCGGGAUGAGCUCGAGAUGGAGCUGGAGCACAGGAGUCUGAAGGGGGAUUUCAAUGCGGACAAAUACCAAGUGGUGCACAUGGAGGGAAAUCCCGCUCAGGUGGCUCAUGAGAGUCAUUUGGAGGAGGUGGAGAAACUGCAGGCGGAGAUUGAGCGGCUGAAGCGGAAGAUUAGAAAACUGGAGGAAGACCACGAGAACAUGACGAUGCGACUCAAUGAGUCCAACAUCACGCUGAACAUCAAGGAGAUCAAUCAGCUGCGCAGCCAAGUGGCCAGUCUGGAGGCGAAGAAUCAACACCUGAAGGAGGCGUACAAGGUGGCGAACCAGGAGUUCCGGGAGGUGUGCUACAUGCUGUUUGGCUAUCGUGUGGAUCGCACGGGGAGCACCAAUUAUCGCAUCUCGAGCAUGUAUGCGGAGAAUGAGGAUGACUUCCUCAGUUUUCGACUGAAGGAGAGCGGAGCACUGGACAUGCUGGAGACGGAGUACUCAAUGUCACUCAGGGAGAUGAUGAGGACUCAUUUGGGGACACACAACUCCCUGCCCACAUUCCUCAGUGCACUCACAAUGGAUCUCUUCAAUCGCACCACCAUUUCCGUCUGAGGCGGACCACCAAUUGAACGCGCGCGAGAGUGUGAGACUUGAAGGUAAAUUCAUCUAAAUUGAUUCCACACACAAAUUGUUUAAUUUCAUCGCCAGCACUUACCCCAUUGUGGCGCACAUUUAUCCGAAAAAAAAGAAGGCAGGAGAGAGAGAGCUGAUGAAUUGAAUCAAUACACUUUGUUUCUUUUUGGGUGGAAGAAAAAGAAAAAAAAUCACUCCGUCGGAUUUGGUGUGUAGCUCGUGAGGAACUUUCUGCAAUUUAUCUCGUGGGGAUUUCUCAGCUUCCGGAAGGCGCUGUGCUCUUUAUCACAAACAACACUGGACUGUGUCAACUACAGAGUGUUCUGAUCGUGUCGGGUGAUUGUGGUAUGUUCAGAUGACACUCGCUAGUCAGGAUUAGUGAUUGGAGGCGCGCACUUUGUCAAGAACUUCGUGUUCCCAAGAGUGAGGGAGAGAGAGAGUCACCUUCCGCAAACAUCAAGGGAUCGACGAGCGGAUUGCGAAUUAUUUUCCAAUUAACGGGGCAAAAAGGAACCGAUAA